CUGGAAUUAGGGCAGGAUUUCUCUAGCUUUGUAGGUAAAUGUGCAAUUUUAAGGCACCAAGGUGUGGACACGCUUGCGAACAAUCGACUGAUUGUUGAGGAUACCGUGAAUCGCAUACUCUCUGGGAGGGAGUGUAUUUAUGGCGGUGAAGGCUGGUGGAGAUACGAAUUUUGUUACGGGAAAACCGUCUUGCAAUACCAUCAAGAACCCAACGGUGAACGCACGGAGAUACUGUUAGGAACAUUUGAUGAGAAAGUGCAAUCAUCUCCGAAAAAGUAUAAUAAUCAAGUUACCCAAAUAUCCCAUCUCUACGUGAAAGGAGAUAUUUGCCAUGAACUAAAUGCCCACAGGAACGUGGAGGUUCGAUUACGAUGUAAAACAGCUGAUCAUAGCUCGUUAGCCAUUUCAAUAGCACUUGCUGAGCCAAAUAUGUGCCAGUAUAUACUCACAUUGGAAAGCGAGAGAUUUAUAAUAGCUGAAGUACUGAAUUACAAUUUUUGCUUCCCGAUAACAACAUGUCACUCUCAUGAAAAGUUUGCAACCCUACAGUACGCUGAUGAAUACGGUCUGAUUGCACUGGAACCGCAAGAGGACUCACCACAAAAAGCGCCUGGUCCUAUAUGA